UGGCCUUUGGCUCUACCCGGAAGUUGAACUGAUUGAAUCUUGUUUUGAUGUCAAAGUUGUUGCUGCGCUGCUCAUAGCAGGUAUUUCCGCACACUGCGAGACCAAAUGGCCGACAGCAAUGAUGUGAAUGGUGAUAACCGAGAGGCGGUGCUGUCGGGAACGAAAGUGGAGCGUGCCUCUCUGCUGGACAGUGGGGAAGACUUUGAGAUGUUGAAAGACAUGGAAGACGAUGUGGAUGAAGACCUACCGCCUUUAGAAGAUGCUGGUGGAGGACAGAAGAAAAACAGGAUUGCUGAAGACGCUGCUAAAUCAGAUGCGAAUGCUGACCAAACUCCCACACAGACAGAAGAGUGGCUGGAUGUUUUAGGUAACGGACAGCUCAAAAAGAAGGUUCUGGAACCUGGCGCAGGUCCAGACAGCAGACCCCAGAGAGGUCAAAAUGUCACUAUACAUCUUAAAACAUCUCUCACUGAUGGAACCGUGGUGGAUGAGCAGACAGACUUAUCGUUUACUCUUGGUGAUGGGGAUGUCAUCCAGGCAGUGGAUCUCACUGUGCAGUUGAUGGAAACCAAUGAAAAGGCUCUAGUUGAGGCCGGUGCAAAAUACGCGUAUGGUGCUCUUGGAAGAUCUUCACCAGCUAUUCCCCCUAACGCUGAUCUCACACUAGAGGUCCAGCUUUUGUCGGCAGCCGAUGCUCCAGACCAGGAGCUCAUGCCACCCUCGGAGAGAAUUAACCUGGCCAAUAAAAAGAGAGAGAGAGGAAACGUUCACUAUCAGCACAGUGACUAUGCUUUUGCCGUUAACUCGUACGGAAUCGCCCUGCAGAUAACAGAAGCAAGUUCGAGAGUGGACAUCAGUCAGCAGGAAGAGGAAGAACUUCUGGACAUGAAGGUGAAAUGUCUCAACAACAUGGCCGCCGCACAACUCAAGCUAGACCACUAUGAUGCCGCGCUACGAUCUUGCGUCUCCGUCCUGGCACACCAGCCAGACAAUGUCAAAGCCCUGUUCCGCAAAGGCAAGGUUCUUGCUCUGCAGGGCGAGACUGCCGAAGCCAUUAGAACUCUAAAGAGCGCCUUGAAGUUGGAACCUAGUAACAAGACCAUCCACGCUGAGCUGUCGAAGCUUGUGAAGAAGCACUCGGAGCAGAAAGGAGCCGAACAAGCCAUGUAUAAAAAGAUGCUGGGCAACCCAACGAAUGCCAGUGUGCAAAAACACCGUGCCAAGUCCUCAUGGGGUCUCAGUUGGAAGUGGCUCUUCGGUGCCACGGCUGUCGCGAUAGGCGGUGUAGCUUUAUCAGUCGUCAUUGCAGCUAGAAAUUAACAUAAGUCACUGUGACAAGAUGGUCGACGUGAUGUUGCAGAAGAAACUAAGCAAACCUUUGAGACAGCUUACAGAAUAUUGAAAUGAAAAGGCUCUACAGUCAUUUUAGAUGAUGGUAAUCUUCUUUAUUUAAAUGCAUGAAAGAUCAGCUUGGGGAGAAAUAGAUAUUAUAAAAUUUGUAUUUAGUAUUUAUGUACAGAAAGGUUCCUAGGUAAAAAUAAGAAAUGUAUCUAUGUACAGUAGGUCGUGUCGCUGGAUAGAAAUGUUUGUCUAAAUUGUCCAGCGUUUCACUCAGAAUGUGAACAACGGAACUUGCUAUUCUUCCUUAUGUUAUUUUGGUGAACUGAAAAUUGCUUGUUGACAGUUUUCAGACACUGAAUAAUGUGAUUGUAUUACUUUUAUUUGUCGUACAAUACCUUUGAAUAUUAUUUACUGACACUAAAUACUGAUCACGUUUUCAAAAUCAUACACAGAUGUUGUACUGGGUUUUGUUUUUGAUUUUUUUUUCAGGUUCUUUUAAAAAUAUUUUGAAUGCCUGAUAUUUUCAUGACCAAACAAUGAGAAGAUAUUCCAGCUAUUUUGAAGCUUCUAGAAGAAUGUGCAUUUGGUGAACAAUUAAUUUAUUUAGGAUAAACAGUGUAAUUUUUUAAAAAAAGAUCUGUUAUGUUGAUCUCGGUUCCCAUUCCUGUUUUGUAGUGUUGGAAACUUUCAGCAUUCCCUGUUGUUUUCUACCCUGAAAUAAACUUUUGCACUGAG